AUGUUCUCGUGGAUCACCGGUCCGCGCAUCACAAACGUGAUAGAAGAUCUCCAGCCUGAAAAUGACUACGAGUCCACCUUCAUCGAACCUCCCGAGACGCCUGCUCAUCAGUUCGCCGUCAAAGCUUUCAAGCACGCCAUAUUUGGAACGCCUGCGCCCGAAGAAGCGAAAGAUGCCUCUAAGAAGAGCGAGAGGAAGGCGAGGAUAGAUGCAGCAAACGCAAAAGCAUUUAAUCUUCCCGCGCCGAAAGAGAGUGGGCCGCCCAUCUCUCCAUCGAAACAGCCAGGCGGCAUCCUCAUGACGCCGGGUACCGCAAGCAAGGGAAGGAAGCAGGUGUCGUUUGGGUCGCACGUGGUAGACAAUGAAGGCAAGCGCGGCAACAUUGGCAAGACCGGCAUACCCAGUGACUGCCCCGGGAAGUUCCCGAGCCCGUGGACACCUGGCACACAACUGAAGCUUGACCCGGAAAGUGACAAACGACCGCGCACCCGACUCACCGAAGCCCUCCUUGACGCGCGGACAACCACACAGCCGAAGUCGGGGCAGAAACCGAAGGCGAGAGACGACAGCGACAUCACAAUAGACUUGGGUGCCCCACGUUCGGAGUCUGGGAAAUACUGGAAGGAGCAAUACGAGAGCUACGCGGACAAGAGCGAGAAGGAGAUGAAGAAGGUCAUUGCCAAGCAGCAGCUGGCGAAGAAGUUCGCUAUGAAGAAGGACGGCGAAGCCACAGAAUUAUCUACCAAGCUCGAGCAGGAACGCAAGCGAUACAGGCAGCGGGAGCGAGACCUAGAACAACAGAACAAGGAUCUCCAGGAAAGGCUACGUCAAGCGAUGGCCGAGAGCAUGUCGUCGAGUAUCGAGAUCGCAGCGCUGAAAGCCCGAAUCACAGUCCUGGAAGCGUCAGGCUCGAUACCUUCCUCUGAACCCCAACAGAACAAAGCUCCAUUCGAGAUAUACGAAGAUGCGAACAAGGAUAACCCACGAUCGCCAAGCCGUGGCUUAGAUAUGGAUCCUGAAGUGUCAUUCGCUCCCAAUAACAGCAUGGCUUCGUCUACCAAGGAGAACUCGUCGCCUAAGCCCCGCCGUCACCGCCGUGGUACGAUCCCUGACACAUUGAACCGACCAGUGCUCCCGUCCAGACUUGGAACAGCAGAGGGUGAAGCCUCUAUCAUCCUAGGCAGAUCACCUCGUGCACCGGCACGCCCGUUUGAGAUCACUCUGGAGAAGGCGCUUGCACAGCCUCAUCAAGACCAACCGCAGAGAUCGCCACUAAAGAUCCGCAGGCCAGUCGCAACUGACGAGAAUUAUGCGCCAAAGUCGCCUGCCGCAAUCCCACCGUCCAGUCCGUUGCCUGUACCAUCUCCGGGUCUUGAUCCCUGGAUGGAGAUUAACAACAGUUCGAUAGCGCAAAUGGACAAGAUGGCUUUACCAGUCUCUACUGGUCAGCCAUACUCACGGCCCGAGUGGAACCCACCACCAAAGCAACAUCGAAUAUCGAAAUCUGUAUCGAACGUAAAGUCGACAGAGACAACCAAGUCAAACGAGAAGGUCGCAGUUCCCGAGCAUAAGCCCGAACCCACACGACGCCGAGAACGUGCGACUGAGAAGGCGACACACGUCUCAGAGCUCGAGGCAACCUCCGUUUCAUCGAGAAGAGAGGAGAGACAGAGGCCGGACGAGUCAAAAGUCAAUGCAGCAUCCCACCAUGCACCUACCGACAACAAGUUUGACCUCUCAAAAAUCACAGCACACCAUGCAGAAGGUUCUGCGCAAGUGAAGCAUGACCGAAGCCAGAUGUUACCUGUUGACCGCAAAGAGCAAGCAAGAAGAAGACUGGAAGAGAGGAAAAGGCUGAGGAAGAACGGUACUACGAUCGUUGGUUGA